AUGGCGGAGCAAAAUAGACCGGCACCAAAUGCCCCAAGAGUUGAUGGUAUCAGCCCAGAUCUCAGCGGAUUCCCACCUGCCAGUUGCAGGGUCGGUGGUUCUGCUCUCGACGCUAAGGACGUCGAGGUCCUGCUUUGGCUGGAACUGCUGGUGAGGGUACUGGACGUCCUGGUAGAUGUCGAGGAGUACGUCUCCGUUGAACUAGAACGCGAUGUUGAUGUAGAGGAUGUUGUCGUGGAGCUGGUGGACGUGCUUGAUAAGGACCUGCUACUGCUGCUGGUGGAGCUCGUUGACGUGGAUGUUGAUGAGCUGGUACUGGAAGACGUUGUUGUGAAUGAUGUCGUACUGGAAGUGGCACUGCUUGUGGUGCUUGAAGAGGAACUGCUGCUUGUGGAUGAGGAGCUACUGCUACUACUGGAGCUAGUUGAACUUGAAGUGCUGGUGGAUGAAGACGAUGUUUUGGAGCUGCUGCUGGUGCUGCUUGAUGUAGAGCUACUGCUCGUUGAGCUUGUGGAAGUGGAUGUGGAUGAAGAAGUGGAGCUUUCGGUUGUGGUGCUGCUACUUGUGCUGCUGGAAGACGUAGAUGUUGACCAGCUGGUGCUCGAUGAUGUCGAAGAACUGCUGGAACUCGUCCUGCUGGAAGUUGUGGAUUUCGUGGUGCUGCUUGAUGACCUGGUAGCAGUGUUGCUGGUGGACGUUGUGCUGCUAGAUGUUGAAGUAGAGGAUGUUGUCGUGGAGCUGGUGGACUUGCUGCUGCUGGUGGUGCAACUUGUGGAAGUUGAUGUUGAUGAGCUUCUGCUGGUAGACAUUGUUGUUGAUGAUGUCGUGCUUGUGGAAGUGACUGUGGUUGUGAAGGAUGUUGUAGUGCUUGAAGUAGUUGUAGUACAGGCAUCGACAUCGGGCAGGGACAUGUUGAUCUCACCACUGUCGGUCACACCUGCAAUCACGAGAACCGUUCGAUCGCCAAUCUCGUAG